GCAGGGAAUUGUAUUCAGUCCCGUUCCUUUUCAAUCAGAAAAUAUGUCGAGUGCACUGAGCCGUGAACAAGGUCCCGACCAGAGGAAGGGUGGUUUACUUUGGGCAGCAUUGCAGGCAGUCUCUACUGGUUCACCAAGCCGCUUUUUUCGCCCGGUUGAUGUAAAAUUGUUACACGAUGUUGAUUUCCAUGGCCUUGGUUGGCACCAGCACAAGCAUAUUUUAGCCUUUAUUUCAGGGUUGCAUCAGGUGACAAUUCAUGACUAUGAAGAUUCUGAAGGAAAGAGUCCCUGUACUUUGAUCAAUGAAUCCCAAAAAGAUGUUAGAAGUCUAGCAUGGCGGCCAAAUGGUGGGAGGUCACUCUAUGUGGCCUGCAAGGGUGGCAUUUGCAUUUGGGCUGCUUCAUAUCCAGGCAAUGCAGCUUCAGUGAGAUCAGGAGUCACAUUGGGCACUCUCUCUAGAGGCUCAGGAACUAAAUGGACUCUUGUGGAUUUUCUUCAAAGUCCUGAACACGAACAAAUUACUGCACUUUCAUGGAGCCCAAAUGGAAGAUAUUUGGCAUCAGCUUCAUUUGAGAGCUCUUCAUUCAUCAUAUGGGAUGUUGCUCAAGGAGUGGGGACGCCUAUUCGACGUGGCUUAGGGGGCAUAUCUUUGUUGAGAUGGUCCCCGUCAGGAGACUAUUUCUUCUCUGCAAAAUUUGAUGGGACAUUCUAUCUCUGGGAGACUAACACAUGGACAUCAGAACCAUGGUCCUCAACAAAUGGCUUUGUCACGGGAGCAGCUUGGGAUCCCGAUGGCAGUAGAAUUAUUGUUGCCUUCUCUGAAUCUUCAACCUUGGGUUCCAUUCACUUUGCAACCAGGCCACCAUCUCUAGAUGCUCAUCUUAUACCUGUUGAUUUGCCAGAGAUACAGACCUUGACUGGCAGUCAAGGAAUUGAUAAGAUGGCAUGGGAUGCUUCAGGAGAGCGUCUAGCCUUAUCUUAUCGAGAUGGGGAUGACUUGUACAGGGGUCUUAUAGCAAUAUUUGAUGUUAGAAGAAGUCCACUGAUUUCAGCGUCUUUGGUUGGGUUCGUUAGGGGUCCUGGAGAUGACCCCAAGCCAAUAGCUUUUUCAUUUCAUGACAAGUUUAAGCAGGGACCAUUGCUUUCUGUGUGUUGGAGCAGUGGAUUUUGCUGCACCUAUCCCCUCAUAUUCCGCUCUUAUGUUCUUCCAUAGUCAAGAUACAGCGAAAUUUUACUAUCAACUGUGACAUGAGGAAAACAGUUUCAUCCAAGAUUUCGAUAAUGCAGAGCUAGAAAUGCUAGAUUGAAGAAUCCGAUUUCAUAAUUCAAGAUGGAUUAUCUUCAACUCCUUAGGAGAUUGCAGGGCAGAGUAUUUGACAAUUAAAUCUUUACCUUCACCAAACAGAAGUUUGGGUUUUAAGUAUGCGUUAUGACUUUAUGUUUCUACAGAGAAGUUCCUACUUUAUAUACCUAAUGUUUGGAGGAUUUAGUAUAUCAGUGGAAUUGGAUGUGCUAAGAGCUGUAGUUUCCUUUUUUGAAGUGUUUACCCUCAAAAUCAUAUAUCACGGUGGGAAUCUUGGCACGUAUUAGUGAGAGACAGAUUAAUUAGCAAAUCAUGAGAUUUCUUACCUUUUAUAGAAUUGUACCUAAAGUAGAUCUCCCCUACUAUAUAAAGGGGGUCAGAUAAUUUGUAAUAGACACGGUAACAUUCACUUAGAAGCAAUAUAUUGUUAUUUUCUCUUUAAAACUCUA